CGGUGGCGCUGGCUUGUGCGCUCCGGGCGGGGAUUCGCUUCUGUCUGGUCCCGCGCCCGGCUCGGCCAUGAACCGGUGCACGGAGGCGGCGGCUGUGGCGGCCUCUGUGCCGAGCGCGGGCGUCGGGAAUGCGGGGCUGCGGCCGCCCAUGGUGCCCCGCCAGGCGUCCUUCUUCCCGCCGCCAGUGCGCAACCCUUUCGUGCAGCAGACGCGGCUGGGCGCGGCGAGGCGCAUCCAGAUUUUCUUCCUUGGAAUUAUCCUGCUUCCAAUUCGUGUCCUAUUGAUUGCAUUCACUUUAUUACUGGCAUGGCCCUUUGCGGCCAUUUCAACAGCAUGCUGUCCUGAAAAGCUGACCCACCCAAUAGCUGGUUGGAGGAGGAAAAUUACUCAGCCAGCCUUGACGUUUCUAGGUCGUGCCCUGUUCUUUUCAAUGGGAUUUAGAGUUACCGUGAAAGGCAAGAUCGCAAGUCCUGAGGAAGCACCGGUUUUUGUCGUCGCCCCGCAUUCAACUUUCUUCGAUGGAAUUGCCUGUGUCGUCGCUGGGUUACCUUCCAUGGUAUCGCGACAGGAGAACAUGGAGGUGCCGCUGAUUGGCCGUCUGUUGCGGACUUUGCAGCCAGUUUUGGUGUCCCGUGUAGAUCCAGAUUCUCGAAAAAACACAAUAAAUGAAAUAAUAAGGAGGGCCACAUCAGGAGGGGAAUGGCCCCAGAUGCUAAUUUUCCCAGAAGGUACUUGUACUAAUCGGUCCUGUUUGAUUACUUUUAAACCAGGAGCCUUCAUUCCAGGAGUUCCAGUGCAGCCAAUUCUGCUCAGAUACCCAAACAAGCUGGAUACUGUGACUUGGACUUGGCAAGGAUAUACAUUCAUUCAGCUUUGUGUACUCACUUUCUGCCAGCCCUUCACAAAGGUGGAAGUUGAGUUUAUGCCCGUUCAAGUACCCAGUGAUGAAGAAAAAAACGAUCCUGUCCUUUUUGCUAGUAGAAUCCGGAAUUUAAUGGCAGAAGCAUUGGAAAUCCCAGUGACAGAUCACACCUAUGAAGACUGCAGGUUGAUGAUUUCAGCAGGACAGCUAACAUUGCCUAUGGAAGCUGGCUUGGUGGAAUUUACCAAAAUCAGCCGGAAAUUGAGACUGGAUUGGGACGGCAUUCGUAAGCAUUUGGAUGAAUAUGCCACUAUUGCAAGUUCCUCAAAAGGAGGAAGAAUCGGGAUUGAAGAAUUUGCGGAGUAUUUAAAGUUGCCUGUUUCAGAUGUCUUGAGACAACUUUUUGCACUCUUUGACAGGAACCAUGAUGGCAGUAUUGACUUCCGAGAGUAUGUAAUUGGCCUGGCUGUCCUGUGCAACCCUGCCAACACAGAGGAAAUCAUCCAGGUGGCAUUUAAGCUCUUUGACGUUGAUGAGGAUGGCUUCAUAACGGAGGAAGAGUUCUCCACCAUUCUGCAGGCUUCCCUUGGGGUGCCUGACCUCGAUGUUUCUGGUCUCUUCAAGGAAAUAGCCCACGGGGAUUCUGUCUCCUAUGAGGACUUUAAAAGUUUUGCCCUAAAGCAUCCAGAAUAUGCUAAGAUAUUUACAACCUACUUAGACCUCCAGACGAGCCAUGUGUUUUCACCAAAAGACAUCCAAGCAUCUCCCUCGGUUGCAAGUAAUAAAGUCAGUCCUGAAAGUCACGAAGAGAGUACCUCAGACAAAAAAGACGACUGAAAGCAAAUAUUCCUAACAAGCAAAAUGCAGUGGUUUUUACUUGAAAUUGUAAAGGCACUUAUAGAUGGUGUUUUAUUUGUGAUUGUUGCGUAACGAUGUUUAAAAUGGAAAGUUUUUUUAUUAAAAAUGAUAGGUUUUUCUUACUGAAAUGCUUUUAUUCACAUGUAUAGAUCAAGUAAUAUUCCUUCUCUUUUACAUUCUAUUUUGCUUUACUGGUGAUAAAUACGUUUUUAUGGAUUUUCUAGUUUAAUUUUCAUAUCCAAAUGAAUGAAAUGGUCUCCUUUACUUGCUGAUAGGCUUUAAUCAGCACUGUAAAAAAUUUUUAAAGUUUAAACCCUUUUUAAUCUACCUUCCUCUAAAGAAAAUUAUAUUCUGUUAUCACUAAUCCCUUCCCGUUCUGGAAAUAAGAAUAAAGAGUCUGAGGAACAUUGCAGAAUUUUAUACCUUGAACUUCACAGAUUCAUUUUAUUUUUCAUUUGCAUUUCAGUUUCUUGGAUCACUGACUCUGGGGGGGAUUGGAAGGGAGAUAAGACUUCUUAAAAACUCAUAUUCUCUCGAGCAUGCAUCCCUAUUGUACAUUUCCUUAACCACCUGCUAAGGAAAUCAUACCCUUUUGCAUGAUCUGCAGAUUUAGAAUUUUGUUUUAAAGACGACACUAUGGCCAAAGGCUAUGCGGGAAUUGCCUUAUUGAAGGUAACGUUAAUUGCCUAAUGAGAAAAUGAAUUGUUCGCCACAGUUUAGUUUAAUUUGAGUUGGGUGGUUUAGAAUGUAGUGCUUACCCAGUCAAUGAAUCAGAUUUACUUUAUUUAUAUAAUAUUAUAAUUAAUAUAUUUUACAAUCUCAGUGGGAGUUUUAAUUUUAUUAAGUGUUCUCUCAAAUUUUAGAGCUUGCCUGAAAUACCUAGAGGGAAAAUAUAAAAGGGUCCAAAUUAUCAACAAAAGCUAAGGAAUCCAAAAAGCUACAUUAUUAAUGCAGGACCACAAUUUAACCCCCAGGCAGGAAUUUAACGCUGAUAUUUUUGCCUUUAGGUUAAGCAAGAAUUGCCUCAAGUGCCAUUUUAUUGAUGUCUUGGAUGCUUGCUUAAAAAGUUUCAUCCUUAAGUGCAGGCGUAUACUUGUUUGCUUUUUACAUGUCUUAAAGCUGUUUAGACAAAGCAUUGAAUGAGCUGAGAACAAUUGCUUAAGUAAUUACGAAAGUACAUCUUUAUAAUACUGUCUGUCACAUGCAACUGAAUGUAUGUAAUACUCAGGUACCAUGAUUUUUUAUCAUAGGAAAGCCACAUAUUAAUCCCAUGAAUCAUGAAAAAGUAGCAUUUUAAAUGAAAAUCUUUCUGUGAGGCUCUGGAAAGUGAUUCUGUUGUUUUCCUGUUUUAAAAUAGUAUUUUAUGUUCUUUAAUUUCACCUCUGCCAAUGUAAUAUUCCUAUUUUAUCAUGUAACUGAAUAAACAAACUUGCUACAUAAAAUUCUUGGCAAUUAAAAAUUCUGGUUUUGCCAUCGUGUCUCAAAUGUAA